AUGUACGGAAAAGGAAAAUGGUGUCCAGUGUGUGCAUUUUCAUCACCCCUCCUCCACCGAAACGGUAGCCAAAGAGCAGUUGUUACUUCAGUUACGGCGGACCAAGAAGCCUUACUUCCAGUCAUUUCAGUAAAUAUUGAUGGAGAAAACAACCUGUACAAGCGUGGCAACGUAUUAUUGGACUCGGGAGCACAAUUAAGUCUUAUACGUCAGGAAACAGCAGAAACCCUUGGACUACAAGGAGAUAACAUUUCGAUUACGUUGACGAAAGUUGGAGGCGAAGAGGAAGAAAUCA